UGUUAUUAUAAUUGUUGUUAUUAUUGAAGGAUUGUGAUUUUUGUUAUUAUUGUAUUAAUAGGAGCCUCCAGUGGCGCAGCAGAUUAAAGCGCUGAGCUGCUGAACUUGCUGAUUGAAAGGCGCAGGCGUUUUCAGCACCAGUGGUACUGAACAGCUCCCAAUGCUGCAAGCCGCUCCAGUGGGCUUCCAUUGAGCCUAUUGGGACGAAGAGAAGAAAGCAUUCUCUCCUUCUUCCGUCAUCUCAGAGGCUCCGUCUUCUCGCUUGGACUUCCUCCACAAAUAACAGGACGGAAGGAUGCUUCCGAAACUGGCUUUGCUCAUCCCGGUGCUGGCAUUGCUAGUAGGCCAGGGACACAGCUUCCCAAAGCCGGAAGGUGCCAGAUCAGAUAAAGCAAUACACAACCGAGAACUAAGUGUAGAGAGACCUCUAGAAGAGCAGAUUGCUGAAGCAGAGGCAGACAAAAUGAAAAAAGCAACCUCUAAAGAAAAUAAGCCAGAAUUCAGAAAUUAUUCCUUUGCUGAAGAUCUGAACCUUCUAAAAUCCGCAGUGGAAAAAGAGAGGAAGGAAAAGGCCUCGGUUCGGAGCAGCCUCUAUGAUCAACAGCUUGCCCUGGAUGAUGCCGAUUCCACCAAGAGUCGCAGGCUGGUGGACGAUUACGACUCCACUAAAAGUGGCCUGGAUUAUAAAUAUCAAGAUGACCCAGAUGGACUGCAUCAACUGGACGGCACGCCGCUGACGGCUGAAGACAUUGUCCAGAAAAUUGCCACAAGAAUAUACGAGGAGAACGACAGAGGGGUCUUUGACAAAAUUGUUUCCAAGCUUUUAAAUCUGGGACUUAUUACAGAAAGCCAGGCCUAUACCCUGGAAGAUGAGGUGGCCGAAGUCCUGCAGCAGCUAAUUGCUAAUGAAGCCAAAGAUCGGGAAAAGGCUGCCGAAGGCCUCGAUUACCUCCCGAGCAAAACUGAUAUGAAUACCAACCAGAACUUGGAAGAAAAAAUGGUGCCAAAGGCUCCUGAGCAAGACGACACAUUAGAUAACACAUGGGCUUCUUCCAACAUCUUGGAAAGAAGGAACGAGUUGCCUCCUGAGGAUAAUUUUGAGGAUCUCCAAUAUUUCCCUAAUUUCUACGAACUACUGAAAAGCCUUAACUCUGAGAAAGAAGCCAAGGAAAAAGAAACGCUGAUAACGAUCAUGAAGACUUUAAUCGACUUUGUGAAGAUGAUGGUUAAAUACGGAACCAUCACGCCGGAGGAAGGCGUUUCAUACUUAGAAAACCUGGAUGCAAUGAUCGCUCUGCAGACGAGAAAGAAACUUGAGAAGCCCGGUACGAAAGCCAAGCUCCUCUCAGACAAGAGCACUGAAGAGUCUGACAGCACAAAGGCAGCCGCCGCUAAAAUGGAAAAGGAAUACGAAACGCUGAAGGAUUCCACGAAAAUCGAAGAACAAAACACAGAGAACGACGAAGAGCCCAAAGGGAAAGCGGAGGCAUAUUUGGAAGCCAUCCGAAAGAACAUAGAAUGGCUGAAGAAACAUAACACACAGGGAAACAAAGAAGAUUAUGACCUUUCCAAGCUUCGAGACUUCAUCGAUCAACAGGCGGACGCUUACGUGGACAAGGGCAUCCUGGACAAAGAAGAGGCGGAUGUGAUCAAACGCAUCUACGGCAGCCUGUGAAGAAGCGAAGAAGCAAAGUCUCUGGAAACUGUAGGGAAUUCUAGUCUAGUUCCACUCCCCCGUCUCGCUCUUUGAACAACCACUUUCUUCCUUCCCUCCCUGACACCCUUCAUGAGACCAUUAGAAAUAUUCUGUCUGCAUUGUACUGAAUCUUUUCCAGGUUGCAAAGUUUUGGAGGUUUUUUUUAACAGUCCACAAUGAUUGCAUAUUCAUUCUGUUUCUUAUACCUGACUCAUCCCACCUAAGGCGGAAUUUUUCUGUCUAUAGUUAACAGGGUAAAAUACUGACAUCUAUGUUCCCUUUAGUCCAGGACCUAAAAAAUGUGUGGUCAAAGGCUGGGUUGCUGUGAGUUUUCUGGGCUGUAUGGCCAUUAUUAUUAUUAUUAUUAUUAUUAUUAUUAUUGACACAACGACAUUAUAUGACACAGCAAACAGGAUAGAUAUGCUGGAUUUCGUUUCACAAAACCACAAGUCGAACACUUCCCAAGUGUCUAGGACUGUGUGAUGUAUUUUCGAAUGAUGCGCGCAAACCCAGCAGGGUGGCCUUUUGCAGUUGUCAGAUCGUAAUUUUGUCAAUGUCUAUUGUUUCCAAAUGCCGGCUGAGAUCUUUUGACACGGCACCCAGUGUGCCCAUCACCACCGGGACCACCUGCACUGGUUUCUGCCAGAGUCUUUGAAGUUCAAUCUUGAGGUCCUGAUAGCGGCUGAGUUUUUCCUGUUGUUUUUCAUCAAUGCAACUGUCACCUGGGAUGGCAACAUCAAUUAUCCAAACCUUGUUCUUUUCCACAACUGUGAUGUCUGGUGUGUUGUGUUCCAGAACUUUGUCAGUCUGGAUUCGGAAGUCCCACAGUAUCUUUGCGUGUUCAUUUUCCAUGACCUUUGCUGGUUUGUGAUCCCACCAGUUCUUUGCUGCUGGCAGGUGGUACUUGAGGCAUAAGUUCCAAUGGAUCAUUUGGGCCACACAGUUGUGCUUCUGUUUGUAGUCUGUCUGUGCAAUUUUCUUCUUCUUCUUCUUCUUCUUCUUCUUCUCAUUAUUAUUAUUAUUAUUAUUAUUAUUAUUAUUAUUAUUAUUAUUAUUAUUGGGUUGUUGUAUGUCUUUCGGGCUGUGUGGCCAUGUUCCAGUAGUAUUCUCUCCUGACGUUUCGCCCACAACUGUUGUCCACAACUUCAACAGAAAGGAAGAAACCAUGAAAAUGAACAAAAUCUGGCUACCAGUAUUACAAAACUCUAAAAUCAAAACAGUAGAUGGGAACCAACACUCUGAGGGCAGAGCACAACUAAUGACUGAAGAAAGGAUGCCCCCAGGCAAGAGACAAAAACCUUUCCAAUGCUAAUUAGGGUGAUUAACUGAAACAUUAAUGCUGGCUUCCCAGUGACAAAGGAUUCUUGCCACACCCUGGACUCUACACAGAUAUAUAUUCUUUUCUUUCCUUACUUAAUUUAUCCAUACCUCACAACCUCUGAGGAUGCCUGCCAUAGAUGUGGGCGAAACGUCAGGAGAGAAUACUUCUGGAACAUGGCCACACAACCCAAAAGACAUACAACAACCCUGUGAUCCCGGCCAUGAAAGCCUUCGACAACACAUUAUUAUUAUUAUUUCGUGAUUUUGUGAUACUAAAUCCAGCAUAUAUAUCUCGUUUGCUGUGUCAUACUAUGUCUUUGUGUCAAUAAUAAUAAUAAUAAUAAUAAUAAUAAUAAUAAACAAUCUUUAUUUAUAUACCGCUCCAUCUCCUCGAGAGAUGAGCGAUUUCCAACCUAUGUGCAAAACAGAAAGUUGUCAAAAAAUCAUACAAUGGCACGAACAAUCAAACAUAAUAAAAAAUAUCAUAAGAUAGCAGUAAAAACAGUUCACUUAAAACAAACAAAUUACAGUUCCAAUCAACAUGAAGGAGUCCAAUGCAAUAAUCAGGGCUGUGAGGUAGACUCACUACUUCAUCGCACUAGAGAAAUAAUAAUAAUAAUACAGUAGAGUCUCACUUAUCCAACAUAAAUGGGCCGGCAGAACGUUGGAUAAGCAAAUAUGUUGGAUAAUAAGGAGAGAUUAAGGAAAAGCCUAUUAAACAUUAAAUUAAGUUAUGAUUGUACAAAUUAAGCACCAAAACAUCAUGUUAUACAACACAUUUGACAGAACAAGUAGUUCAAUAUGCAGUAAUGCUUUGUAGUAAUUACUGUAUUUAUGAAUUUAGCAUCAAAGUAUCACAAUAUAUUGAAAACACUGACUACAGAAAUGUGUUGGAUAAUCCAGAACCUUGGAUAAGCGAGUCUUGGAUAAGUGAGACUCUACUGUAAUAAUAAUAAUAAUAAUAAUAAUAAUAAUAAUAAUAAUAAUAAUAAUAAUAAUAAUAAUGUUUAUUUGUAUCCCGCCACCAUCUCCCCCGGAGGGGACUCAGGCGGCUCACAAAAAUAUCAGAUACAAAACAAUAAACAAUAACAUGCACCAGUUAUAAUAUUUUUUUUAAUACAACAACAACAACUCUUUAUUGAUUAGUCAGUUUUGACCAUAUCAAAACAUGUAAAACAUACAAAACGUACACCCUUAUAAUAUUUAAACAUUGACCAGAAAAAUGAAACGCACUUACUAAAAACAUAGAAUUAAAAACACACUUACUAAAAACAUAUUUUAAAAAUCCACUUAAAAUCCAGUUUCUGCCUCCUGCAGAAUUCUGGGGUUUGUAGUUUAGUGAGGCUGUUAAAGGCUCCUCCCUAAACUACAAAUCCCAGAAUUCUGCAGGAGGCAGAAGUUGAUUUUUUUUCCUCUAGUGUGAUGAGGCCCAUAGUCAAUUAUAAAGGAUAGGUAAAGACUUGUACUUCAAUGUACAAUGGCAAUGUUCCAGAAGCAUAGAUAUGGGCGAAAUGUCAGGAGAGAAUGCUUCUGGAACAUGGCCAUACAGCCUGGAAAACUCACCUAGAAAAUGCUUAGCGAGGGCAUAUUUUGUCAGACGUGAAUAAACAGAAUGGUGGAUCCCAGUCCUGCAGACACAGGGGUCAUAAGGUAAUAUUAUUUGCAAAGGGCAUGAUUAGGGUCAAAGGAAAAUAAUACUCGAACUCAAUAUUUGCAAGGAAAUCUCAUACUCCAGUUCCCAACUGUAAUAUUAUUUGCAAAGGGCAUUAUUAGGGUCAAAUGAAAAUAAUACUCAAACUCAAUAUUUGCAAGGAAAUCUCAUACUCCAGUUCCCAACUGUAAUAUUAUUUGCAAAGGGCAUUAUUAGGGUCAAAGGAAAAUAAUACUCAAACUCAAUAUUUGCAAGGAAAUCUCAUACUCCAGUUCCCAACUGUAAUAUUAUUUGCAAAGGGCAUUAUUAGGGUCAAAGGAAAAUAAUACUCAAACUCAAUAUUUGCAAGGAAAUCUCAUACUCCAGUUCCCAACUGUAAUAUUAUUUGCAAAGGGCAUUAUUAGGGUCAAAGGAAAAUAAUACUCAAACUCAAUAUUUGCAAGGAAAUCUCAAAUUCAAGUUCCCAACUGUAAUAUUAUUUGCAAUGGGCAUUAUUAGGGUCAAAGGAAAAUAAUACUCAAACCCAAUACUUGCAAGGAAAUCUCAUAUUCCAGUUCCCAACUGUAAUAUUAUUUGCAAAGGGCAUUAUUAGGGUCAAAGGAAAAUAAUACUCGAACCCAAUACUUGCAAGGAAAUCUCAUAUUCCAGUUCCCACGUGUCGUGAGCAUUCUUUCGUACCUGAAACGAUUCUGUCGGAACACAUUAUUAGAGCGUGUCACCAUUUCCUCGCUGUUUGUGCAUUUUGUCUCGUGUCCCGGUCUGUGUGCCAUUGAAGUAGCUACUCUGUGUUGUUCACUACUACAUCGGCCUUUAAAAAAUAAACUAUUUCCAGGGAGAAAGAAAGGGCCGUAUCCCCAAAGGUACGGCAACAAGGUCCAUCGACUUACUCCAUCGCUGUGGAAUAAGUGUUAUUUCUGUGUGCAUGUCUAAAGAAUGGAAUCCUUGAUGUGAGUAGCUUGAUGACACGUGUAAAUAGCCGUUGAUUUCUACAGACAAAGCAAAAAUAUGUGAAGAUGAAACCAUUUGAGGAGCUUAGUGUUAGAGGUGUGCUUGGACUUUGGCUUAAAUUUUGCUGCUGGUCCCCACUAAAAAGAAGAGCCAUAACAUUAACUGCUGAGUGAUAUGGCAGUGCUUAUCACUUAUAUAAAUCCCAUUCAUUCAUAAUAAUUAGCAAACUAUUUAAUGAAUGUAAAUACAGUCAAAUGCUACAGCCUUCAUGUUUUCAAAUCAAUCAAGAACUAAAGAAACCACGCCAGUUAGCAUUACAACUGGCAACAUGAUGAACAGCACCAUUUUUUCCCAAUUUUAUAACUGGUGGAACACAUGCACUGUAGGUACCUAUCAAGGAUUUCCUUUUUAGAAGAAAGAAAAUGCGGCAUUUUAAAACCUCCCUGGAGUUUUGUUGCUAUAACAACUUAUAUCGUGAGCCCGCUAUGUAUUUAGCAAUCAUAGAAAUGCAGCACCUUUAAAUGCACCCUUUUCCAUGGGACACAGCUAUUCAAAGUUUAGUGAACAUACAACUGUCCCUAAUAGUUGUAUGUUCACUAAUUGUCCCUAAUAGUUGUAUGUUCACUAGUUGUAUGUCUCCGUGAGUUAUGAGUCUUUGGAGAGUAGCUGGUAGAUAUUAAUAUAUAUAAAAAAUGUAAUGUACGUUUGUAGGACUGAGUAAACAACAAAACCACUGAACCAAAAUGCACCAAAUUUGGCCACAAAAGACAUAGUCAUCCAAUCUAUGUCUUUCAAACAAAAACAAAAAACCCUAGAAAAAUAAAUUCCAAAUUAGAGGAUGAGGAAGAGCCGUUUUCAACCCUGUUGCCGGUCAGAAGGGUAGGCCCUGCCCCUUUAGGCCCCAUCUAUUUCAUAUCGUAGCAACUCCCUUGACCACAAUGGCCAAUCUAUGUCUUUCAAUUAAAAAAACCUUAAAAAAUAAAGUCCAAAUUACAGAGGACGAAGAAGAGCCGUUCUCUCCCUGGCUGCCAGUCAGAAAGGUAGGCCCCGUCCCCUUUAGGCCUUGCUCAAUUCGUUUCCUAGUAACCCCCUCAGCCACAAUGGCUGAGGGUUCACUUAGGCCUUUUCCACACUGCCUAUAAAAUACAGAUUAUCUGAUUUGAACUGGAUUAUAUGGCAGUGUAGACUCAAGGCCCUUCCACGCAGCUAUAUAACCCAGAAUGCCAAGGAUUAUCUUGAGUCCACACUACCAUAUAAUCCAGUUCAGGGUGGAUUUUAUACAGCUGUGUAGAAGGGGCCUCUUAUAAUCCAAUUUCUAAACAGAUGAUAUAAGAUUAUAAAUAUAAUAUGUAAUAUAAUAAUUACCGUGGUGUAAUACAGAACAAUUUAAUCCCUAAAAUCAGGACAGUAAAUAAAGAACAACACUCUGAAAACAGGGACAUUCCAGACAGGAAACAACCAGGGCCAGCUAACACCUCCCAACAAAGGAUCCUCCCAGGCAGGAAACAGCCAGGCUUUAAGGCUGCAAGGCUAUACACUGCUAUUUUACCUGGCCAACUUAUUAUUCCCUUAAGCCAUAGCAACGCGUGGCCGGGCACAGCUAAAUAUAUAUGCUAGAGGCGAAGAGGAGAAAGGAAAAAAUAUGUAUUUUUUACCCUAGCAUCCUUUUUUAAUCAAGUUUUUCGGAAACUUAAUAUCACAGUUUGGGUCCACAGUCUUUUUAAUAACUAGGUAAUGGUGCAUGACAAAUAAUACAAGUUCCUUUUCCUCUGCUUAAUUGUAUAAAUGUGUCCAAGCAGUGGCUCAGUUAUCAUGUUAAGUCGCAACCCUUUUUUGUGCAACAUUAGAUCACAAAGCAAACAAGAGCAAGCCCAUCCAUCACCUGCACUGCAGGACAGCUAUGGGACUAUGGGCUAAAUGAAGGCCAGAAUGAGUGAUCUCAGCUAUUAUAAUUAGCACUGCAGAUACCCAAGACAGUCUACUUGAUCGUAUCUUGUGGAUUGGAUGCUUUUUGCUGCAUUUAAUGGCAAUGAGCAGACCACAUUUGUCAAUAUUUCCUCCAUUAAUGCUGGGAAACAUCCUCUCUCCAUCUCAGGCCCUGAAGUCUCAGCUGCCAAAUGGUUUUGCAACUGCUGCAAAAUAAACCCCACAAUCCAUCCUUUCGGCUGUGAAUGAAGGCAUUAAUAGCAGCAACAGCAAUUUCAGAAAUAGCAACGGGAAGCUUUUCCCAAACUCGCAUCCCGGAAGGCCAAAUACAGCCCCGCAAUUCUAGGAAAUUGCCAGGACAUUUUCUAGAGAAAUGAAAAAUUACCUUGCACAUCUCUAAUUCUAACGCCUCUUGAUUCCUUCCUUCCUUCUUUCCUUAGUAUUUUUAUGAUUUUGAGGUCUCCACGCUAUUGAAAAGGAUUGCUGGGGAGAAAAAUAUAAUAAUGACAAAGUAUACCACAUUCACAAUACACUUUUCUAAUAGACUCCUGUUUCUGAUACUGUACUUUAUUAAAUGCUUUGCUACAAGAUA